AUGCCUCCUAAGUCCAGGAUCGCGAAGGCUGCUGCCUCCAUGGUGACUUCUGAGGAUCCGAAGGACCCCGCGCUGGAUCAGGAAGGCGGCGCGGAAGCACCGUCGGAUGCUCCCGUCUCUACUUCGACUGGUGAUAUCCAGGAGGCUCCAGCGGCUGCAGCGGCUCCUGUCGUGUCCGUCCCAGCUCCUGUUGCGCCUGAGUCUUCGACGUCUGCUGAGCGGCGUUUUCCUGUCGGGGGGUACGAUGAAGAUGAGGAUGAUGAUGAUGGCUACUUAAGUGAUGACUCCGACGAAGGCAUUGAUGUGCACGCGAAGGGUGUACUCGCAUCCAAGACCCGCGUCACGCUGACGCUCCUGAUUCCUUUUGAGCUGGCAAAGGAGAUGCGUGUUGUGAAGCCGUCGGUGCAUGCUCUCCUGGUCUACCUGCAGAAGAAGUUAUCGAAAAACGCAUUGGAGGGACUUGCGUUUCAGGAACUCCUUCCGACGUACCUGUCAAGGAUCCAUUUCAGCCGUCUGCAGGUUACCCUCGCGACGGCUGCAGACGCGGAGGUGGUGCGUCAGCAUCGGGUGGAGCAUGUGGUCGGAACCACCAAGCAUUACUUCGGCUGGCAGCACCUGGCCAACCAGUCGUUCCUGGAGGCAAAGAGCGACCUGCCGGAGGGGGUGGAGGUGCUUCCUAAGGGGGUACCGGCAGAGAUAACGCCGCUCAUCGUUUAUGAAUCGCUGGUGGUCGCGAAGCUGCAGAAGCGUGGCAGAUCGGCUUUCCUGCAAGGCGCUGGCUUUCAUCGUGUUGUGGACCCGGUCUCGGGGCUGGACACGGAUAAGAUCCGUGGAUUGGUGUCGGCAGGGGUGGUGAGGAAGAUUCUUCGGGACCCGGCCCUGGUCCUUAUCUUGACUGGAUCCAACGUGGAGGAAUGGCUGUGCGUUCAGGAGUGUUGUGAACGUGCGCAUGGGGAGACCUUCGCGCAGGCCACCGCUCACAUCAGCGCCUUUGGUCACGGUGCAGCGCUGGGUGGGGCAGGCGUUGCAACCCGUGCGAGCAAGGCAAAGUAG